UCUCAGCCUGUGGAUCUGGCAAAGCAGACGUUAGCGGCUGCCUACCUUCCAAGCAUUCUUCCAAAGUAGGGAUGUGGGAGGCAGCAGCUCAGAGAGGCUGUGAGAAGGACAGAAUGCGGAAGGGGAGGGAGAGAAAGAAAGCUAGAGAGAAGGACGAGGCAGAAAACAUGACGGAGUGAAAUAAAUGCUUAUCAAUGGAGUUCAUUACUGUAAACAUCUCCCAGGGGUGUCAGGCAACGGGGAUGAGAACGCAGCCGCUUGCAUUAAAAAUGACUAGUGAGGUGUCAGGCAGCCUUGCUGGCAGUUCAGCCUUGCAGUCAAGACAUGUUAGUAGAAGAGGAGCUGCACUGGAGUGAGGAAGUCGUGGGAGUACACACCUACCUGGGUUGCCUGAACUGUUAAGUAUCCUACGACUUGGUGCGGGUCUCAAACACCUCUCUAGGCGAAGCAGCAGCCGAAUCCAUUUUUUUUUGUCGAUAAUCAUUGUUCUUAUUUCAGGUUUCGAGUCUUCUGAAUGCUUUCCAUAUUAGUUCAGGGGUACUAGUUAAUGUCCAGGACGGAGCUACAUGCAGGACUGCAAGGGGGCUACCUCUGGAACAAAUGCAGAAAGCAGUUAUGUGAUGGAAAGGAACAAUAUGCAAGUACAGACAGUUAAUGUUUGACUUACGGGCAGUGGACAAGUUAACGUGGCACCAGUUGGACAUAACCUUAUCAUUUGGACCUUGGUACCGUGUAAACCUCAUUUACACGGGUAACCUCUUGGCAGCAAUCGUAGCUGGAAGGUUGGAUUCGAACUAGUGCAGGAGAGCAAACUGGACGUAACGCUACUGCUAAGAAGUCUGGAGCAGGACUGUGUGAAACGAACAGUGAAGAGAAAGGUCGCUCAUUUUCAAAGGAAAGAGGUCUAACACAGUGCGCAGUGGACAAAGCACGACACGGUGGUGCAGCUUUAACGGGGAAGAAGUACUUGUUCCUCUUUUUAAAGUGGCUGUUUACAACCUACAGCCAAAGAAGUGAAGUGUUAAAGCUAUUUUUGCAACAAGCAGACCCGUGAAGAUAUUCAGAAGAGCACAAGACUCUCCAAGUCCACCAGACAGGGCAAGGAGAAAGGGAAGCGCAAGGGUCCACUACAGCCUGAGUUCUUACUGAGCAGGGAGGCAAUCCAUUGUGGAGUCCCGCUAGAGUGCACCGACGUGAUAAAAAGUGAGCACUCCCUGUUUGCUAAAAUAAGUAAACGAAAAAAAGUAACUCACGCCAGACCUAGAAGUGGAAGGGCGGUUUAGUGACCACAGCUACCCUAAGCUCCCUGGUCACCUGUCUUGGACUAUAGCAGGUAGUGCAUAUGAGAGUCCUGAGAGCAGGACACGGACCCUUCAGCAUCAACAGCAGCAGGGGUGGCAGCGCUGUUCCUGAGGAGUUGCAACAGCUGUGUUGUGGUCACGGUUGCAUGUCCUUAUCCAACUAGGACUCGAGUCCCGUCGCUGCCAAGUGUCUCAGGAGUGCUGAAUGCCAGCAACAGCGGGCAGCCGGUGUAACGGGCUCGGUGUUCAAAUGCAUGGGUUUUGGGAAUGAACCGUUUACCACCACAGACACAUUUCCAGCAGGAUAUUACUUUGGAUAUGUGAUUGGGGCGCGUUAUUUGGGACCGGAGGGUCAUAUUUUAUUAGGAUUAUGGCCAAAGGGUUGCGAAGUGAAGCUUUCAGACUUGGACCAGCGACCCACUCCAGGUCCGUGGAUAAAAUGACUAAAGACAAAGAUAAAAGUUUCUUAGAAGUAUCAAAUUCACUCAGUGCAGAAGGAGAACAUCUUUCAUCCAAACUUGCUACAGAAAUGUGCUCUUCCUAUCUAGAGAGCUGUUUAGCACAUGGACACGACCAGAGGAAGUGGCUUGCCUCCACCAGUCUCAGUAAGCCCUAGCUAAUGAAUCAUUUCCAGCUCGCUCCACGGCAGAAGAUUAAUGGUCAUGUUGUAACUUUAUAUUUCAGCCUUUGCAGAAGACUUCUUCAUCUAAAAUUGCACAUACUGUACCUGAGAGGAAGCAGAUUUAUUCUAACUUUGGGGAAUUGUUUUUUUCUCCAUAAUAUUGUGUGCUCCACACUUCACUAGUGUACAAAAUGGGAUUAUGGACUAGAAACUGGAUCAGACAAUGGGAUCAUUUUCUCAGAUCCUGGACAGUUUUUUUGCUUAGUCUUUAUGUUCAAAUUUCUCAGGUGAAAGCCUGCCCAGAUAUUUGCCGCUGUGACAGGACGUUUGUCUAUUGCAAUGAACGUAGUUUGACCUCUGUGCCUCCUGGGAUACCAGAGGGUAUGAAGACUCUCUACCUCCAUAACAACCAAAUCAAUAAUGCCGGCUUCCCUGAAGAGCUCUACAACAUUGAGUCAGUGGAGACUGUGUUUUUGUAUGGCAAUCAGUUAGAUGAGUUUCCUGUGAACCUACCCAGAAAUGUACGUGUGUUGCAUUUGCAGGAGAAUAAUAUCAUGACUAUUUCCAGGUUCGCCCUCGCUCAACUGCAGAAACUGGAAGAAUUACAUUUAGAUGACAAUUCUAUUUCCACUGUGGGCAUUGAAGAUGGGGCAUUCCGGGAGGCUGGCAGUUUAAAACUGCUGUUUCUUUCAAAGAACCACCUAAGCAGUGUGCCUGUGGGGCUACCUUUACAACUGAAGGAACUGCGUGUGGAUGAAAAUCGAAUUGCUACUAUUUCUAACAUGGCAUUUCAGAACCUCACCAGUCUAGAACGCCUGAUCCUAGAUGGCAAUCUGCUGACCAACAGUGGAAUUGAAGAAGGAACAUUCAGUUAUUUAAGUAAGCUGACUGAGUUUUCUAUGGUGCGUAACUCAUUGACAGAUCCUCCCUCUGACCUUCCCAGCACAUACCUAGUAAAGUUCAACUUACAAGAUAACCAGAUUACUCAAAUACCAGUCAACACAUUUGAAUACUUUAGUGAGCUACAGAUCCUAGACAUUUCAAACAACCAGCUUCAUGCUCUGCAGCAGGGAGUUUUUGAUGGCCUAUCAAACCUGAAACAGUUGACUGUACGUAAUAAUCCGUGGCAUUGCAAUUGUAGUAUUGGAUGGAUAACUCAGUGGUUAAAAUCCCUGCCUUCCUUUAUAAAUGUGAGAGGGUUUAUGUGCCAGACUCCAGAAAAAGUAAGAGGAAUGGCUGUGAGGGAACUUAACGCAGAUUUGCUAGCUUGCCCUAUUGUUUUCCCUUCUUCUCCAGUCACCACUCAAGCCUUUGCAACAUUGGUACCUGUUACAUUAGGUUCCAGCACGUCUGACACUAAAACUGUUACAUCUGACACAUCGUAUACAACACAUUCAAUAACCUCAUUACCUAGCCAAGAUGGUAAUGAAGACAAAGGUGAAGGAAUCGGUGAUAGUGUUUACCAUGAUGAGGAGACGACUCACGUGUCUAUCUUAUUUGUAAAUGAUACAUGUAUACAGAUAAGUUGGACAGCAAGCUUUUCAGUCAUGUCCUAUAAGCUUACAUGGGUGAAGAUGGGACAUAGCCUAAUAGGAGGAAUUGUAAAAGAAAAGCUAAUCAGCAGCCAGAUACGACAGACAAACCUUUAUGAUCUGGAGCCGAAGUCAACCUAUCGGAUUUGCUUGGCUCCGCUGGACGCUUUCAAUAAUUACAAAGCUGGGGAAGAAACUGUGUGCUGUGAAGCCACCACAAAAGCCUCUUCCUUUAACAGUAGUGACAAUAAAGCCUCAAGCCAUGAGCAAAUCACACCACAUAGUCCUGGCUCCCCGUUUCUCCUAGCAGGUUUAAUAGGUGGUGCUGUAAUCGUUGUGCUCGUGGUCCUGCUCAGCAUCUUCUGCUGGCAUGUGCAUAAAAAGAAUCGGUCUUCCUCUAACAAGUGGAAAUAUAAUCGUGGCAGGCGGAAAGAUGAUUACUGUGAGGCAGGGACUAAAAUGGACAACUCCAUCCUGGAGAUGACAGAGACAGGCUUCCAAAUCGUCUCUUUAAAUAAUGAGGAACUUCUUAAAGGGGGGGACUUCAGGCUGCAGCCCAUUUAUGCCCCAAAUGGUGGACUAGGUCACGUCUCUAAUAACAUCCACUACUGCAGUGGUACUGUCAAAACGUGGAAUGUUGUCAUACAUGAUAGUGCUUUACAAUGUAAACUUACAAAGAACUUUGUAAAAAAGUUACGUUUGAUAAAUUGUUUCUCAGACAUAUUUUGUGUGUUUGGGAAACCUGUAAUUUAUACAGUGUAUUAUAAAAUGGAAUUUAAGAAGAUAUUAUCUUUUCUAUUCCUAGUUAAUUGCUAAUGUUUUUGUAUAAAGGCCCUUGUUUUUAAAUAUUUCAGGAUAGUAAGUAAUUGCCCUAGGGAGUUAUUGCACACUAAGAACCCAGGCCAAUGGAGAGGAAAACAAAAUAUAAAAAUAGUUUCUUAUUAUGAUAAGAAAUGUAGUGAGCAUUUUUCUCCUGCUAGCAGCUUUGUCUUAUUAUUUUAUAAAAAAACAGGUAAGUUUGUUUGCUAAGGGAUGUCUGAGUUACAUGUAUGUCACUGUAUGACUAGGUCUAGCUUAGGCAGAGAAACAGAAGGAUUAUAAUAGCAGUUCCUUAACAGAUUGACCAUACAGUGAUGCUUUUCUAUUUAUUUUUAUUCCCAUAUUAAAAGGUAAGGUUACAUAUGCGCAAUGUAGUCAUAACUCUCAAACGCUUAUCAUUAAAGUAAAAAAUGUACACACUCCAAAUAAGGAACAUACAAGAUCUCUGAAGAUAAUUUUCUUUAUCAGAUGGGAACAAUCAGUAAACAUUGAGGGAACCAGAUUCUACAGCUGCUCAAAAUUUUAAGUGUGCGUCGAUAUCAGACCAUUGCAUCAAUCAGAUUUUUUUUUGUGUGUGUGUGGGACAUUUUCUGUGUAUUCAUGACAAUUAGUUUUGGUAAAAGUGCACAAUUUAGAUUCCACAACUUCAGGGUAAUGCUUUAGGCUAAAAUGACACGUAUUUGACCAUGUUCAUACCUGACGUUCCAUGUUCUUCCAUUUGUGAGUAUGAGGCGAGGCUGUCUGAAACUGUUACUGGGAACUUUUUCUUAAAAACUGUAAAACAGUGGCACAAAUUAAAAUGUGUUAAUGUGAUGGUGAAACUACUGAUUGCAUCAGGUAAAAUAAGCUGUUUUUAAGAAUUUGCUUUUAUUUGUAAAAGAGAAACGGUGAAUCAUGCCAUCAGGAGGAAUGAUGUCGACAUCCAUGAAGGGGAUAGGUUUAUCAAUCCACAUAUAUAUGGCACCUUGAGAGAUUAUUUCAUUAUGUGUUUACAGUACAUCUAUGAAAACACAAAACCUCCUCAUUUUACACCCCUUUAUUUUAUUAGUUUUAACUUUCUGCACCUCAAAAUUUUCCUCUGAUUAAGAAUGAAGAAUAAAACUAUUCAGUUUUUUGUUUAAUUGUCAGUACAUCAAAGGUCAUUAAGAAGUGAUAACAUACUGUAUAGUUAUUUGAAUGUGUUAAUGCAAUGAAGUACAGGUUUAGAACAUCAUAAACCUACUGAUAACAAGCAAAGUCUGUUUGUAGAAAUGAGUUGACAACAACUGAAGUGGGGCACUAAGAAUACAUUUAAACCAGCAACACAAAUUGAGCUAGCAGAUGUAUAUUAUUUUUACAGAUUUGUAUUUCUCGCUUUCUAAAUGUUGUAUUUAUUUGUUAAAAUAUACACAAAUAUAUUACAUUGGAUUCUGAACACCCUGAUAUGAAAAAUGUAGUAUGAAGGGGGUAAAUAAAUAUCUUCUUGACAUAUAA